AUGGACCAGCCAAACCUCACGCACUUCGAGGGCGCAGCGCAAACAGGGAAUCUGGCGCAGUCCAGAGUACCCAGUGUUAUCGCCUGUAAUGUGAUCUUGUUGGCCAUUGUCAGUCUUGCUGUCGCUGUGAGACUUCCUCUGCAUCAUAAGCUGGAUGUUCACAUUCGCUCUUUGUUUUAUCUCGAUGUGGAGUAUGGCAGCUUCUUCCCUAUCUCGCCUGACUCUAACAUGGACCCAGUGACUAGAUAUGGCUAUGGAAGGCAUUUUGAUCUCAUCGCGGACCAACCCUCCACUAUAUCUAUGUUUCUCAAACUUGUAUUUGUGACUCAACUAGUAUACAUAAUUGCUCUGAACACGAUCAAGGCGUCGUUCCCCGUCUUGUACAUGCACAUAUUUGUGCCUUCGCGGGUCCUCACAUCAUUGUGCAUGGCCCUGAUCGUACUGCUGAUCAUGGAGUGCGUCGAAGAGAUCAUAGUGGUCAUUCUACAGUGCCGACCUAUCCAGAGUGCAUGGGAUCCAACCAUCCCAGGCCACUGCUUGAAUAUGAUCCUGUUCUACUACGUCAGCUUCGGCAUCAAGUUGGCGACAGACAUAGCAAUAUUCGUUCUGCCAAUUCCUCCCUUGCUCCGGCUCCGGGUUCGUGGGCUCCAAAAGUUUGUGGUAGUCCUAAUGUUCGCACUGGGGUUGCUAGUCUGCGUGACGAGCAUCAUUCGCGUGACUUACAUUAAAAACCUCGGUCCCGACCGUACAUGGACUCUAGUUGCUCCCCUCAACUGGUCCGCGGUGGAAGUCUGCGUGGCUAUUUUCAUAUCCUGCCUACCCUCACUGAAGACAUUGAUUACGAUCCAUUGGCACACAGCCAACCCUGUCACCUCGAGCUCGAGUAACAGGGACAGCACCUCCGAUUCUCUGUCUACGCGUAUUUGCAGUUUUUUCAAGGGCAGAGGGAAAGAGGCGGACCAUGAGCAGCAGCAGAUGUCUCCUGACGGAACUGCUCCUGACGAUAUUCCUCUUUCAUCGGGCCAUGUUCGUACGAUAGAGGGCGUCUCCAGUAAUUUUGUCGGAGAGGUAUGA